GUUAAAAUUUAAAAAGGCUAGAAAGUUGAAAGGUUUUUCUCUGACUCCACAAGUUCUCACAAGUAUUCAAAAAAAUAAUAGGAUGAGCAUGUUAUCCUUUUAUUAAGUGUUACUAUUUCUUUUCAUAUCAAGAAGAAUGAGUGGACUUCACAGACAACAAAUUUUACGGUUGUACAAGGACAUCCUGCGUUACGGACAGCAACUGCAAUACACAGACAAGAGUUAUUUCUAUCAAAGGAUUUCAGAUGAAUUCAAGAAGAACAAAAAUGAAAGUGAAUCUGCUCAAAUGAACUUCUUGUAUGAGAAAGGUGUUGCUCUCCUACAAAACAAGCGAAUCAAGUGAUAUAACUAGCCUCAUGAUGUUUCCGAUUUAUCAGAAAGCACUCAUUCGGAAUUCAGUGCUCAAGCAGUUUUUCCCAAGCUGUGUAGCUAGUAUUUUAAAAGUAACUUACAAAAUAGAUAGAUCCAAAGUGCCAACUUUUGACGAAAAAGACAUCAAAGAGCAGUUCGUUCGGGGUAGUGGUCCAGGUGGUCAGUCUGUCGCUCGCUCAGCAAACCAGGUUAUCUUGACACACCUACCUACAGGUUUUAUAAUCAGAUGUCAUGAAACCAGAUCCGUGGAGCAAAAUCGAAAGAUAGCCCGUGAAAAACUAAUCACCAAGUUGGAUAAUGAAAUCAACGGAGAGAAUUCAGUUGAAGCCCAACAGAAGAGAAUUGAUAAAAAACGAUCAUCUGCGGCAGAGAGUAAGCGGAGGAAACUGGAAGAAUUGAAAAGACAAUGGAAAGAAAGAGAAGGCCUUACUUGAAAUAUGUAUCUUUUCUGAACCCCGUCAUAAAUUGUUGAUACUCCAUUAAGUCAUUGUUGCUCUGAGUGUUACUUUUUUAAAGAAAAUUAGAAAAUGUCAUUAAUUAAUCAUUAAUCAAAUUAAAAGUUUUGAUAAAAU